AUGUUUGCCGCAAUUGCAUCGGGAAACCCACUUCAACUAUCGACAGAGGUCCCUAAUUCGAACAAUCUGCAACACACUAUUGUUCUCUCUUCCACUAAACCAAAGUCCUAUUCACACAUUACGACUUUCAUUCUGCCCAAUGUGACUUUUCCAGCUGAAUUUGCAGGCACAGUUUACUUUAAGCUAAGUCCUGCUGAAGAAUUCAAGUUUUUUGGAUAUCUGAGUGCUGAGAAGCCUAGUGCGAUAUUUAAAGUAAGGAUGCCCAACUUGAACGUUUCCGCAGCAACAGAGCCGGGCGAUGGGCUUGGGGAAAUUGAUAUGGAUGACGAAAUCCCUGGUGAGGCGUCAACAUCGGGAAAUAUCUCGGAAAUCAUAAUCGGGAUUUCAAUCGAACCCAUAGAUCAGGCUAUUCUAAAAGCCCAAGAGCUCAAAUCACAACAAAACCCACCAGUAAGUUCGACGUCGCUCGUUGUGGCUCGGGGCAAUCCAACUGCAGUGACAAAUCCGGGCGAAUUGGCCAAGAUGUACCCUUUAGUGACCCAACAACUGGCCGCCAGAAUUGUCAAACACGCUCAUAACUACCUCACUGGCUUCUUGGACCCGCAGGGCAAUGUUCCCAUCAAAUGUUUCGAUAAUUGGUGGAACAAGUUCAAAUCACGGCUUCAAAUGGACGCACAGUUUUUGAACGAAGUGACAGAGGAUUAG